CAGCAGUGCUGAGUCCUUAGACCGGCUGUACCCCGCGGUGGGCUCCACCAAGCCACCCCGAAAACGGACCACGAGCCAGUGCAAGUCUGAGCCACCCCUGCUGCGGACCAGCAAGAGGACCAUCUACACAGCUGGCCGCCCACCGUGGUACAACGAGCAUGGGACACAGUCCAAAGAGGCCUUCGUGAUCGGCCUGGGAGGAGGCAGUGCCUCUGGGAAGACCACAGUGGCCACCAUGAUCAUUGAGGCUCUUGAUGUCCCUUGGGUGGUUCUGCUGUCCAUGGAUUCCUUCUACAAGGUGUUGACCAAGCAGCAGCAGGAGCAGGCGGCCAACAAUGACUUCAACUUUGACCACCCCGAUGCCUUUGACUUUGACCUCAUCAUCGCCACCCUGAAGAAGCUGAAGCAAGGCAAGAGCGUGAAGAUCCCCAUCUACGACUUCACCACCCACAGCCGGAAGAAGGAAUGGAAAACCCUGUACGGUGCCAACGUGAUUAUCUUUGAAGGCAUCAUGGCGUUCGCGGACAAGGAGCUCCUGAAGCUCCUUGAUCUGAAGAUAUUUGUGGACACAGACUCGGACAUCCGUUUGGUGCGUCGCCUGCGCAGGGACAUCAGUGAACGUGGCCGUGACAUCGAGGGUGUCAUCAAGCAGUACAAUAAGUUUGUCAAGCCGGCCUUCGACCAGUACAUCCAGCCCACCAUGCGGCUGGCCGACAUCGUCGUGCCCCGAGGGAGUGGAAACACGGUGGCCAUCGACCUGAUCGUUCAGCACGUCCACAGCCAGCUGGAAGAGCGUGAACUCAGUGUCAGGGCCGCCCUGGCCUCUGCCCACCAGUGCCACCCUCUUCCUCAGACCCUCAGCGUGCUGAAGAGCACCCCUCAGGUGAGGGGCAUGCACACCAUCAUCAGAAACAAGGAGACAAGCCGGGACGAGUUCAUUUUCUACUCCAAGAGGCUGAUGCGGUUGCUGAUUGAGCACGCGCUCUCCCUGCUCCCGUUCCAGAGUUGCACAGUCCAGACUCCUCAGGGACAGGACUACGAAGGAAGGACCUACAGUGGGAAGCAAAUCACCGGGGUGUCCAUCCUGCGAGCGGGCGAGACCAUGGAGCCAGCGCUGCGAGCGGUGUGCAAGGACGUCCGUAUCGGGACCAUCCUCAUCCAGACCAACUGCAACACGGGCGAGCCGGAG